AUGUUAUACUUUAUAUUAAUAGCAAUAGCAGUGUCAAAAGAUGCCAAUCUAACAAUAGGCUUAGAUUUCUCAGACAACUCCUACCUGGACUUCUUUAGCAGUUUUUCAAAACAUUACGAUGAGUUUCAUCAGAAUGGAUUGAAAGUGAAUAUUGUCCAACAUCUCUUGCCUUGCUAUAGUUGUUACAAGCGUCAUCAAUUCAAACAGCCCGAAAAAAAUUGCUUGGGAGGAGGCAGAUAUUGCCAGUAUUCUGAUUAUGCAUCAGGUUAAGUCAUAUUAAAAGAGCUAUUGCGUCAAUAAUGUGUGUUGUAAGUACUACCUAAUCAUUAUUUCAAUUAUACAAUUUACUUUGGAUAAUAAUGUAAGAAAUCAACAAUGGUUAACUGCGCUUAGACCUAUUUUUCUAAUAACAAUAUAUCAACCGAAGGGAUAGACACCUGUGUUGAGAAUAGUUUUGAGGAAGGUGAGGAAGUGAAUUAAGAAAUUAGAACUAAUAAAAUAUUGAAUCAAUACAAAGAAUUGUAAUAUAAUCAAACUUCUUUUUCUGUACAUUUGGAUUCUUCUGAUAUAACUAAUACUCCAUAUGAUGAAUUCCUAUCAACGAUGUGCUCAAAAUAUAUCAAUAUUUCGAUAUCGUUUUGCAAGAAUAUCGAAAAACCUAAUAAGUAGACGGAUAACGGGAAUACUUUGGAGUAAGUGUUUUUAUUUUUUUUUGCUUUGAUUAUCUUGAUUCUAACAGCAUCGGGUGGUUGGACAUUGUUGAGCAAGAUUCAAUUCGGAUCGAGUUUAGUUCCAAAAAGUAGAAUAGCUAUUCCUAAAUUAGAGGGUGAUCACAUCAUCUAGGAGGAUGACAUUUGA